AUGGGUUUAACAAAACAAUAUCUUCGGUAUGCUCCGAGCGGAACGUUUAACGUUGUAACUAGUCCCGAUUGCAACAGUAUCCAUGUAGCUCUAAACGGAAUAUCAGGAAGAUAUAUAGCAGUGGGAGCAUGUGAACAUGUUAUUAUUUGGGAUAUGCGAUUAGGAGAAAAGGCACAAGUGAUAACUGGUGAAAAAGUUGUGGUGUCCCAAAUAGCUGCCAGCCCUACAGGAAACCAUAUGGCUAUUGGUUAUGUAGAUGGCAACAUCAAUGUGUACGACUUGAACAGCAAUGAAUUAGUUUGCGUCUUUGCUGGUCACAAAUCUGCCAUUACAUGUUUGCAGUAUGAUGAACAGGGGCAUAGAAUAGUAUCGGGUUCAAAGGACACUGAAGUCAUCCUGUGGGAUGUCGUAUCAGAAAUGGGUAUCGCCAGAUUUAGUGGGCACAAGGGAAUUGUUACAAGUGUACUUUUCAUUAAUGGCAAAAAUUGCAUAGUCAGUUCAUCUAAAGACACAUUUGUGAAGUUUUGGGAUAUUGAGACUAAGCACUGUUUUAAAACACUUGGAGGACAUCAAACAGAGGUAUGGUCAUCAGUACUACUAAAAGAAGAAAGAUACUUAGUAACAGGUUGUAUGGACCAAGAGUUAAAAGUCUGGAAACUAGUCUGGACAGAUAAGAUUAAAGAAGAAGAUAAAAUUGUACAACAGCUAGAGAUUGUAAAGCUAGAGGAUGGUGAUGAUACAGAAGACACUUCUGUCUUACAAUGCCAUCAAGUUGGUACUUUAGUUCGAGGUGGUCGAGGCCGUGUUGUAGGUCUAUCAACGGACCCUGGUCAAACUGUUCUGGCCUGCUUUGGUACAGAUUCUUUAUUAGAGCUAUUUGCGUUCUGCUCAGAUGAUGAAGCUAAACUAAGAAUGAAUAAGAGAAUAAAAAAACAACGUAAAAAACUUGCUAAAUUAGCUGACAAUCCGGAAGGGACAAAUGAAAUAGAAGACAUAAAAGAAAUUCUAACUCUUACCGAUGAAGUUCGUAGAUUGACAUCGUUGAAGUUAACCACAAAAGUUAAAUCCACUGCACUGCUGUUGGGCUUGAGUGGUGAAUUGAGAGUGGGUGUCACGCUGGCUAGUAAUAGCGUUGAACUGCAUAGUAUGAAUAUCAACGAUGCUAGUGAAGUUAAAUGUCUUAAGCAAAUAAAUCUACCGGGGCAUCAAAAAGAACCCAGAUGUGUUGCUAUCAGUUCAGAUAACCUGGCUUUACUCUCAGCUUCAGCUGAUUCUAUAAAAUUAUGGAAUAGAAAUAGUCAGACCUGCCUUAGAACAGUGCAAGUGCCGUGUGGUAGACCUGUCAGUGCUUGCUUCGCUCCUGGUGACAGACACGCCUUGGUGGGAUGUGCAGAUGGACACCUGCUCCUGGUUGAUGUGGCUGCUGGGACCAUUUUGGAACAGGUUCCAGCACAUUCCACCAAUUGUGCAGCUGUAGGACUAACUCCCGAUUCGCGUGGAUGCUAUUCAGGGGGUGGAGACAAAACAGUCAAAUUAUGGCAGUUUGAACUAAUUGACGAUCCUACUGGAGAAUCAAAGGCUAAGGUACUCUCCCUCCUACAUACACGGACCCUGGAGCUGGAAGAAACAGUGACAGCAGUGACUAUAAGUCCGAACAACAAGUUUAUUGCUGUGGCCCUAUUAGACUCGACAGUGAAGAUAUUCUUCUUAGAUACGUUUAAAUUCUACUUAUCGCUAUACGGUCACAAACUACCUGUUCUCUCCUUGGACAUCAGCUACGACUCGAAUAUAAUCGCCACGGGUUCAGCAGACCGCAACGUCAAGAUCUGGGGCAUGGACUUCGGGGACUGUCACAAGUCGAUUUUCGCCCACAACGAUUCGGUCACCGCGGUACAGUUUGUGCCCAGCACGCACUACUUCUUCACUGGUUCGAAGGAUGGCAAAGUCAAACAGUGGGACGGCGAUUCGUACGACAAUAUUAUAACGCUCAAUGGUCAUGCUGGCGAAUGUUUGCGAUUGUCGGUUGGGGCUGGCGGUCUACAUGCAGUUUCUUGUGGAUCUGAUCGAGCGUUGCGUCUCUACUCCAGGACUGAAGAACCUAUAGUACUCGGAGACCAGGACGAAGAAGAAGAGGGACUGGCUACUGGCGAACAACACGCACCAGUGCCUGGUCUUCCUGGUCUUACGAUGCCUACGAAGAAAACUAUAGGAGCUGAGAAAGCUGCGGAUUCUAUACUAGAAUGCCUCACAGUGGGAGCAGAGUACACAGCAGAAGUAACGGCUGCUAGAGGAGCUCCCGUUCAGCCGCCAGUGUUAAUGGUAGCUUAUAAUUGCACGAACGCUGAGGACUUUCUACUUGAGACUAUACGCAAAAUACGAUCUAGCGAUUUAGAAGAAGCCCUACUCCUUUUACCGUUCAGCACAGCAUGUGAAUUGCUAAAGAUGUUAACCACGUUAUUGGAACGAAGCGACCAAACAGAGCUGUUGUGCCGAUUAGCAAUAUUCCUGCUAAAGAUUCAUCACGCACCCUUAGUUGCUAACCAGCAGCUCCUCAAAUACCUAAUUCAGAUACAGGCCAAAGCCACUAUGAGGCUAAACGAGUUGAGGGAUAUGGUUGGAUUCAAUCUUCAUGCACUCCAAUGGUUGCAGCGAGAUGUUGAAGCAAAUGAGAGCGAACAGUUAUUCCGUGUUGCGACGGACGAAAGACGCACCGCUGAUAAGCGCACGCGCAGACGAAGAGCCCUCAAGCGACCAAUCGUUACUGUUACUUAA